GACUCAAAACGAACAUCGAUUUCACCAAUCUCUAGCUAAAAUUAAAAUAUGUGAAAACCAGUACUGGCAAAGCCUUUUGGACAAGAGCAGGGCGACAUACCUUGUCACCUUGAUAGAGUUCAAUGUAGCAUGUCGGAGAGAUACACUCGCGAAUGCAGUUUAGCCGAUCAACACCUUCUAACAAUUGGCACGAUGGAUUUUGUUUACACGCAGACUGGAAUUCUUGAAAUCAGUAAAUGGAAAAGACGCACAUAUUUUGGCAAGGCAACGUAAGAGUAUUCCUUGAAUGAGUAUCUCGGUAUGUUUUUUGCCGAUUUGAUCGAUUCUUGUUUGCCAGAAUGAAGAAGAAGCAAUUGGAUAUAAACGACUAACAUAAACUGGGUCAAUACAGGAUGGUUUCGGACGUCCAUCACCAUUUAAUAUUUUUCCUUCCAACUCUACCUAGCAGCGUGGUGGACUAGUGGUAAAUCAUCAACCGAUCAAUACUCUCCCGGCAUUGUCGAAUUUAAGUUAUGCAACAAAAUAUGUUCUGGAAAAGUUGUGUACCUAAGCAGUUUUUACAAGGUUAAUAUUAAAUGCAAAUAGGUACUUAAUUAAGAAGUAGAAAAAUUCGUAUUCCGACCCAACCCAACGUUAGUUUUAUUUUUAAUUUUUUUCUUCCUGUAGUUCUGCCCAAUAAUUUAGUUAUUUCUUCCUUCGGUAGGUGGCGAUUGUACUUAUUUUUUUGUUUUUUAAGCUCGAGGAGUGGGGGCAAACGACAAGUAAACAAGCGUAAUCAAUGCCAUUUUAGACACUAGGCAGUUUAGAGUUUACGUCUUUUUAUAUCACCAAACUUAAAGUUAAGGAGUCAAUUAGGCGUGACAAUUUUUCACGAUCAUAUGGUAAAAUUUACGUUUUUCCUUUUAGGACUUUGCAGUUUAGUUUAAUCAAUAACACAUAAUUAACUUGUUAUUUCUACAAUUUCAUUCUAAUAAAAGUAGAGUUUCAUUAGGGCGUGAAUCUUUUGCCAUCUGGCCAAGGUGUUAUACUAAUAAUCUUGCGUACGUACGUAUUGUACUUACUAUCUUACGUAGUAGUAUCUCCUUUUUUCUGUAGUAAAUAUAUAUUGUGUUUGUCUUAUUGAAUCUAAGUGAGAAUAAUUUGAGGAUCCAAAGAAAAGGGAAAUUUUGCCAUCAUUAGUCUUAGACGACAACCAUUCCAGUGAAUUAAUGUUGAGGUAAGUAUAAUCUAGUGUUUUCCCGUUGCAAUUUGCCACUUUAGCAGACCUGGAAGCUUAGCAAUACCAACAUAAAAACCAUUAUACUUUCCACACAACUAUAACCGUUUCUGACCAACUUGUUUUUAUUAAAACAUAAUACUUUGCUUUUUUAAAUCAGAGGUCUUCCAUAUCAUCAAUUAUGCAUUGUUGGAAAAUAGUGUCUACAAUUAUGGUCCAACAAUAUUUAAAUAUACCAAGGUAUCUGAGUUCCACAAAAAACAUCCUGAAAAAAUUGGGCUUUGAAGCAUAUCAUUUUCCUAGUACUAAAACCUGCUUGUUUGAUAUUGCAAUUGUGCCAAACAUUUGUUUAUUCAUGCAAAAAUAUUGAAAGAAAAUAGAAACUUGUUAGACAAGUUCUGGAUAGCAACAUUUUAUGGGGAAAAUUCCCUGAGAGCUGUUGAACUUGAAUUUUAAAGUCUUGACAAGCAGCACGAUUUUAUCUAAUAAUUUUUUUUUUCUUCUGCAGUCUCCAACAGGUAAACUGUUGCGAAUGUCCCAUCUUAUCUACAUGUUUUGCAUUCAAAAUGUUAACGUUUUUUAUUUAUUUUUGUGUGGAGGGUUCGUUCUACCGAGAUUCCAUCGUUGCCCGCUAGGGGCACACCAUGUUUUUCCCCUUUCUUAAAUCCCCUUGGCCAUGCCCAGAGGGCAAGGAAUGUUAUUGAUUUUAGAGUACCCUAGUAGAGCUUAGCCCCAUGAAUUAUAAAAUAACAAAAAGUUGUAAGUAAAAAGAAUGUUUAACAGCGGACUUGUGAAAACACUUAUCGUGUGUUAGAGUUUCAUUAUUUUUGUGCAUUGAUUACUAGCACGGGAUUCGUAGAAGAAAGUAUAUAAAUGAUAAGGAAAAAAAUUACAUGGGAAAAACAGGAAAAAGAGGGUAACAUGGGAAAGAAGGAGAAAAGGGGGCUAAGCAUGGAUUGGGAACAAACUUGGGAGUCGUCGGUAUCUCACUGCGCGCCAAUGACAGCGGCGUGGAAAUUCAACCGGAAAAGAAUUGAAACUUUUAUUUCUUUUAAGUUACACAGAUUGAUUCGUUUCAAAUAAUAAAAAGGAACUUGCUGUGUUGGAAGGGAAGAAAAAUCAUGCAGCAAUACAGGAUUCUUGGAUAAAUCUAACAGCCAUCAACUGUUUUUAUGGCAGAAUGGUUUGGCCUUGAAAUACAAAGCCACAAAAAGUGGGAAAAACAUUCCUUUGUCUUACUCGUGGUCUUCUAUUCUUACUAGUAGUUUGGGCGCGAAGACUAAAUUUUUUUGUUUCGAGCACGUUUUUAUGUCUGAUCUGAGGGAGGUUUCAAUUUAUCCGAAUGGAAAUGAUGGUUCUUAAAAAAUCGAGAUAUUGCAAUCACAGCAGACUUUGAAAAGGCAGAAGUCAUGGCGCGCUUCGUUUAAGGAAAAGGAUUUCUAAAGUUAAUUCUCUGUGCAGGAAGGGGGAAAAUAGGGUUAAAGAAAGAAAAAAAGGGUCGAAAAGGACAUGAUAAAUAAUUCGAAAGCGACACAAAGAUGUUUUUUUCUUCCAGAAGUAGAAAAAAAACGAGGGGAGCGAGAAAAGAUGGCGGAAGAAGUAGGGAAAAUACAAGAUCACGUGAUGUCUAUGGCUGGCGGGCACGGCCAUUAGCCAACCAGAAUCGAGCUUUCAGAGGCUUCAAACAUUUUCAAAAGGGGAGUGGAGAUUCUUUGUUCGUCCGCCAGGUUCCCCCCAACGGUCGUUUCCCCUACCCCUAUUGCACAUGCGCCCUCUAGCGAGCGCCCCACAAGGACGACCGUUGCUGAAGUUUGUGUGUGUGUGUAUGUAGUAGAAGUGUGUGUGGUGUGGGCCCAACUGAAACUCAAAUUUGUACCACAGUUUUUCGUUUGGAUUUCAGCCAUUUGCCCACUGAUUGAAGACAACAACGUGACAAACAGGACUUUAUGGCCCCUCGUUUUUCGUCUGUUCCCGCCCCGGUUCUCCACGUACCUUCUUGUCAAAGAGAUUUGCUCCCACCCCUCGAGUAGUAGUAGCAGUAGUAGUAGUAACAACGUAAAACGUGCCCUUGAUUUGCGCGGUACUGAAGGGCAUGGCCUUCACUGUUUGAAACGGCAGUAACUGCAACAAUUACUUUUGAAUGUGAUAUAUCUAGCACAGUCCUGUUCUCAAUAUGGACAUGUACUCCAACAGUGGAAUUCCAAGCCUGACUUCAACAUCUUUUACUUACUCAGCCAUGCAUGAUCCAUUGGCUCUGCCAGACUUCUGUGAUUUUGAUGGGAAAAAUGACUUGAUGGAUUGCAGCUUGGGAUUUAGCUUCCCAGAGCUCAGCUCCUUUGGUGGUCUAGAUCUGGAUAAGCUUGACCAGCUUGUCAGGAUGGAAGCUGAUUUAGAGAGGAUUGAAAGGUUGGAAAGGCUUGAAGUCGAAGUAGGCUCUCUUGAUUCUGAUGGUGAAUCAGCAAUUUCCUUCCCACCAACUCUCAUUGGACCUUCCUUGGGGCUCAGUGGAUGGGCACCUUCAGAUAUGAAUAUUGAUUCAAGUCUAAGUCAUGGAUGCAGUGUAACAGCAGCCAUGGACUCUGAUUCAACAGAUGUUGUAGUCAACCCUUUAUCAGUCUUGCCUGUUAGUAGUUCUGCAAGCAGUCUCAGUAGUGGUUGGUCAUCCUUGCUCCACCGACCGAUCGUUUCCACAGCACCCUCGACUGUCAAUGUUCCUUCCCCGAUGCCGGCUAGUCCGGCUCCACAGGGUUCACCUAUCAGCUUACCAACCCGAAUCGCCAAGUCCAUAGCGAACAACCAUAGCUCGUCUGUGAUGAACGAUUCCGGAAGUAUUGGCGCCAACAACGGUAGCGGUUUCCCUAAACCUGCAUACUCGUACUCCUGUCUUAUCGCUCUAGCGCUCAAAAACAGCCGAACUGGUUGCUUGCCAGUAUCUGAAAUCUAUCGUUUUAUGUGUGAGCACUUUCCAUAUUUCCGAACGGCUCCAGCUGGUUGGAAGAAUUCAGUCCGCCACAACUUAAGCUUGAACAAAUGCUUUGAAAAGGUGGAAAAACUUGGCUCUACUAAUCCUAAUGGCACUGUGGGAUCAACUUCAACCAACAGUUCUUCCACCCGCAAGGGAUGUUUGUGGACGUUAAGUCCUGCAAAGGCUACAAAGAUGGAUGAAGAAGUGCUCAAAUGGUCUCGAAAAGACCCGUCCGCUAUCAAACGUGCCAUGGCCUACCCAGAUGCCCUUGAAAUGCUGGAAAGGGGUGAGAUGAAGAUGGAAUCAGCUGGUGGUGCUAGCACAGAGUCGGAAGACGAAGGUGAAGGUCCCGAAGAAGAAGUUGAAUGCCCAUCUCCGCUUGCUCGAGUUACACCUCCCGAGCCCAGUCCACCUUUGGAUGACAAUAAGUCGAGUACCAACAGCAAUAAGGAGCAGCUCAAUAUUGGUGUCAGCAUUGUAUCUCGUUUGGCCCCACCCAUUACUGGCCGAAGGCCGUCCGUCCCACAAUCUGGUGCUGCUAAAUCCCAGCCACAGAAAGUGUAUUACAGCCUGCCCAAGUUUCAAACAUCGGGUAAUGAGCUCAUUAUCAUUGGAGACUCACGAAUGGAUACUCUGUGAACUUACUUCAUAUGUAGUUCUCAUGUGUUCCAUCAUGGCCCAUUCUUACUUCUUCAUCCUCAUCUUAUCUCAAUCCGCCGGGAUUAUCCAAAACAAAACAAAAAACGAGAGAAAAAAAAAAUCAAUUAUGCCUACCUCUUGAAAUUUCUUCUUUUUGUACGAGAACCUCACCGAUUUUGCAGCUAUUUCUGUUUAGAUGUUUCAAGUUUUUUUUUUUUGCUCCGUUCUUUAACAAUCACAACAGUUGUUUUCACUUUCCGUGUUGAGGUGAGGAAGGAUAGUUUUUGGUGUUCUGCACGUACCUGACAAACGGCGGAUUCAAACCAACCAGGGACCAGAGUCGAUGAUGGUGUGCAUGCUGUGUUUAACGCUCCCAAUUAGAUAUUGUUGCUGUACUUGACGAGAUCACAUCUCGCUCCCCCACCAUAUUAUUGGCCAAUAUGAAGAUAAGUUCUUUGAUUA